AUGAUGGACGAGGAAGACGAGGAUGGAGUGGACAAUGAGGUUGACUCAGAUGAAUCCGGUGGAUCGGAUACUUCAGAUGAUAACGAAGAGGCGGAUCCGAUCCCCUCUUCUUGGAACCAUGAUUUGUCGGAGGCAAUGAUAGUCGAUGAUCGGCACGAUUCUGCCUGGGAGUACAGCAUGAACACCAUCUCAGUUGGUGCUAGAUAUGCUGACAAGAGACAUCUGCAGGAAGCAAUCACUCAGUGGGCAAUGAACACGCAAAGGGUAUUCAGAACCACCGUUUCAAGUCAGAAAUUCUUGACAGUGGUCUGCAGCGAUGCUAGAUGUCCAUCAAGGGUGCAUGGGUACUGUCCGAAGUAUGACACAACAUGGGUGGAGAUUGUAGAGAAUACAGCAAUGGGGGUUAAAGCCAUCCAGAGAAGAGUUCACCUUCAAUAUAAGUAUGUAAUUGAAUAUGGCAAGGCAUGGAGGGCUAAACAGACGGCACUGGAGAACAGAUUCGGGACCUUCUAUGAUGCUUAUGACGGUGUCGUCCGUCUCCUGCACACAUUGAAGGACCGGAAUCCGGGCACCCAUGUGGACAUACAAGACUUUGUGAUACCAGAGUUCCCUAAUGUCGGGGUUCCGCACGAGGUGUUUUUCGCAUUCAGCAUAUGCAUCGAGGCUUUCAUGCACUCGUCGUCCGGUGAUGUGUGUAGAUGGAACUUUUCUAACAGGGAGUUAAAAAAAUCGAUAGUGAAAGAUCGCGAAAAUGUGUGCGUGCUACAUGACAGGCAUGCAGGUAUACUUGCGGCUAUCAAGACUCUGGUAGAAGCCGGACCUGAUGAAGAGACGCCAUGGCAGGAUAUGCAGAGUAGGUGGUGCAUGCGCCACCUGGGGGCCAAUUUCUUCUCGCAGUUUAGGAGCAAGGGUCUUAUGAAUCUGUUCAAGAAGUUGUGCAAGCAGAAUCAAGAAUGCAAGUACACUUUUCUCCGCGGCAAGCUGGAUGAGUUCACUAAGGACCAUGUGCGGGACAGGUUAGCCGCCCGAGCUGCAUUAGUAGCAGCUCAUGCAGCAGCUGUGGCACAGGAUAUGGCGGCCCGCCCGUUGCUCGAUCCAGGGAUUGAUCAGAAACAUCGUGCAUCGCACUUGGAGUCCGACCCGCAGAGCAUCGACCCACUGCAGACCCGUACUCCAAAGAAGAACUGGAUGAUACACCCUCAGUGGGAAGACAGGUUGAAGUGGGCUGGACUACUACCUUUCGCUCGAUUAGUGGAGGCCCGAGAGAACGUUUCGCGUCUGAACUACGAUGCUACUUUGAUCACCUGCUUAGUGGAUCGAUGGAGGCCCGAGACCCACACCUUCCACUUUCGCUGGGGUGAGAUGGCUCCUACUCUAGAGGACGUGUCUAUGUUGCUGGGCCUUCCGUUGGCUGGUGAGCCCAUCGGCCCAUUGGAGGAACCCGUGGGAUGGAUGCACAGCAUGGAUGCACGUUUCGUUGGUGUUCGCGAGGGCGUUGGGCCUAUCUCUUUUGAGGCUCACGGCCCUCGUCAGGCGUGGCUACACGAGUUCCAGAUCGAGCAGUUCGGAUACCCCGAUGCACCGAUGACUGCGGCCCAGAUCACUCGCAGCUUGGAGGCGUACCUCAUGUGGCUACUCGGGAAGACGAUGUUCACGGACAAUCACGGGAACACGAUCAGUGCGCGGUACAUCCCUAUAGCUCAGGAGAUAGCUGAGGCCACAGAAGCAGAGGACAUCACACAGAGGAGCUGGGGUUCUGCGGUCUUAGCCGCUACGUACCGAGGUAUGUGUAAGGGUUGCCAGCUCACCUCGCAUGGUUCUGGAAUCGUUGGUUGCCCCCUCCUAUUGCAGCUCCGGUCCCGGACGAGGUUUCCCGUCGGCCGCCACGAUAUUGGUGCUUGGAGACAUUUUGGGCAUAAUCAGCUGCGGAAUUGCUACCCAAGCAUUCACGAGAGCAGUUUGACCUACUACUUGGAGAGCGAUGUUAGUUGGGAGCCAUACAGUGAGGACCACCGCGACGAGACAUACCCAGGCGGUAUAUCGUUGAUGUGUACCAGAGAUUGGGCCUACUGGAUGACGAAGGCGAAGAUCAUCUUCGAUAUCUUCGUGGAGGAGAUGUCGCAGCAGAGGGUCAUGAGACAGUUUGGAAUGCGUCAGUUGAUCGAGCCACCACCUCCCACAGUUCCACUACCACCACGCGUCCACGCGUACAACAGAAAAGGAGCGAACAAGACUGCUGUCGGAUGGGUACAACUCCUGGGUCCAUACAUCGCUGGUUGGGCCAAUGCGCCGGCCGUGUCAUGGGCCACUAGGGAGCCGUUUGAUCUUCAGGAAUUUCAGCAGUACUUGCGAGCGUACAUGCCUAGGACACGACUUCGUCUGAGCCAGGCGUGUGACCCAGUUGAGAUGGCUCCCUCGACACAGUGGGACACCUACCCUCGCCACUCCACUUCAGGCACUCGGCAUCACGCAGUAAGUCAACUAUAUUUUUUCUACAUUUUGCCAACACUUUACUAAU